AUGCCUAUUCAACUAUCAGAUAGCCAAGAGCUCCUUGGGAGGGCAGGGGAGGAAGUAGUGGGUGGUGCGAAGAAGAUGUGGGAGGGGUUCACGGAUUUCGCGUUGCAGGAUAAUGUUCUUGAGGUUGCUGUUGGUUUGAUGUAUGUCUUCCCUAUUCCUUAUUCCUCCCUCACUCAGUUCCCAGCAUAAUCACCUACCCUGUCCAUCACCUUUGCUCUCUCAUCUCAUGUAAUGCCAGAAAAUAAAACCAAUCUUCACUACACAAAAUCUUAUGAUAAGCAAGCUCACAAUAUUUUAGUAUAGCAGCGGCCUUUACAACAGUAGUGACCUCCUUCGUCUCCGAGAUUCUGCUCCCCCCUCUCUCACUUCUCCCCUUCGUGCACAAGAAUCUCGAUGAGAAAUUCGCUGUGUUGAAGAGAGGACCCCAUUAUAACAGUACGCAUGGGGGUCAUGGGUAUAACACGCUCGAUCAGGCGACGGCUGAUGGUGCUGUCGUUAUGGCCUACGGGUUAGUGCAUCUCUUCUUCCUCUCCCUUCUCCUGCCUCCCGACGUGAUUUAGAAUCUACCAUAUGAUCUGUUAUAAGUUGGGACAUGCACAUCAAAAGUGAAAAGAAAUGCUAACCAUCGGAAAAAGUGCUUUCAUCAAUAAACUUCUCAAUUUCUUUGGUGUCGGAUUGGCGCUGUAUAUUGUAGCUGCUAUCUAUGAUCGCUGGGAUGGAAGUGAGCCGAUUAUUAAACAUACUGUUAAGUGUAAAUAUUGUCGCAAGAGGAUUAGUGCUAGAGCAAGUGACUUCCCUUCCUGGCUGCUUUCAUAUUCUUUUCUCAAGGGGGCUUUUGCUGACUUUGGACAGGCUGUUAGAUGUGUGAACUGUACUUCUUGGCAGGAUGGAAGAGAGGAGAGGAUGCAUUAA